AUGUAAAGCUAGAAUCCAUUAGCUUAUUAGAAAAUAAAAUAAAAAAUUAUUAUCGUCACCACUCAGAUAUGGGCGUCGCUGUAUAAACAACCGUGACUCACUAAACCGAACACAAAAUGCAAAACUACAAAUACAACAAAAGAAAAAAUAAAUAAUAAAAAAAGUACCGUCCUCUUCUUCCCUUCUAUUUUCCAUUUUUUUUCUCUGCAAUGUAAACAGAAGUGCAUAUGCAUUGGAGAAGGUGAAGCUAGCCACUCACCCAAAAGAUCUCUGACUCCAUUCAGUGAAGUGUACUUUUUUUUUUUUUACACAACAGAAAAAAGAAGCAACCCCGUUCGUUGAUCGACCAUCAAAACCACCAUUUCACAUCUCUCCAUCCAACGGUCCCCAUUCAUUCAAUCCUUGAUUGAGUCAAAUAUCUCUGAUCCCACAGCACUGAAACUCAAGUCUCAAAAUGUGUUCUCUUCGUCUUCACCUAUUCCUUUUAGUGGCAGCUUCAACAAGCUCAUUAUUCGAAUCCGCAACAACACACUGGAGCGACAAGCAGGCUCUGAAAGACCUAAAGAACAACCUCGACCCUUCCUCCAUAACUCCAGGCUCGUGCCUUUAUUCAUGGGACUUCUCCCUCGACCCCUGCGACAACCUCUUCAGCGACAACUUCACCUGCGGCUUCAGGUGCGACGCCGUCGUUUCGGGAGCCACCCGCGUCACCGAACUCGCCCUCGACCCAGCUGGUUACACGGGCCCACUCGUCAUAAACCACCACAACAACCUCCCAUUCCUCCAAAGCCUCGACCUUUCCAACAACUACUUCUCAGGCCCAAUCCCCGACUCACUAUCCAACUUAACUCGCUUAACUCGACUCGGUCUGUCCAAAAACUCCUUCUCAGGCCCAAUCCCUUCUUCCCUCGGUUCCCUUAUAAACCUUCAAGAGCUCUACCUCGACAACAACAACCUUAACGGAACUCUCCCCGUUAGUUUCGACGGCCUCACAAACCUCAAACGCCUCGAACUCCAGUCCAACUCCCUAAACGGUGUCCUUCCCGAUCUAACCUCUCUGAAAAAUCUUUACUUUUUGGACCUCAGUUUUAAUUCCCUCACCGGAGGUUUUCCCUCGAACUUGCCAGAUUCGUUGGUGCAGAUUUCCAUCCGCAACAACAGCUUAAACGGUGCGUUUGAAUCUGAUGCCUUGAAAAGCUUCUCCUACUUGCAAGUCUUGGAUUUGAGCUCGAACAGGCUCAAUGGCUCCCUGCCGUUGAGCUUGUUCGAGCUCCCGUCCUUGCAACAACUGACUCUAUCAUUCAACGGGUUUUCCGGGAUCAAACCGCCAUCGUUUGCUUUUGACGGUGGCGUCGCCGUCCCAAGCGAGCUGAUAGCAGUUGAUCUGAGUAACAACGAGCUAGGGGGGUUUCUGCCGAUGUUUUUCUCGUUAAUGCCGAAGCUUUCGUCUUUGUCGUUGGAGAAUAACAAGUUUGUCGGAAUGAUACCGACCCAGUAUGCGUUGAAGACGGUUUUUCCCGAACCGGGGGUGGAACCGUUCGAGAGGCUUUUGUUGGGGGGGAACUACUUGUUCGGAGGGAUUCCAAGUGCGCUAAUGGCGCUUGAACCGGGUUCUGCCAACGUCAGGCUUGUGGAUAAUUGCUUCUAUAGGUGUCCUCUUAGUUUCUUCUUUUGUCAGGGUGGGGAACAGAAGUCUUACGAAGAGUGUAAGAGGUUCAGCCACUUCAUCCCUUAGAUGAAGAGUCUUUAAUCUUUCAUCAUGUUCAUGCAGAGUUUCUCUUUUGCAUUCUCUAUGUUCUUUCUUUCUUCCAUUCUAAUUUAAUGGUACUUUUUUUUUUUUUU